CCCCGCACCCAUACAUUGUAAAUGGCCAUAGGCUCUGGCAUAUGGCAAAUUGGGAAAUAGCUUAAUGAGCUGAGUGACGUCGUUUCGAUCCUCGCCAUUUCCAAUGAAAUCCCCUUUUAUUCUCUUACCAAAAACUUCCUCACAACACAACCCUUCCGCCAUAGACUCUUCGGUCUCAGGUGAUUUAAGCUACAGUGCACGGGGUUGAUUAACUACCAUGCAUAUCUAUUGCUGUCCCUUGGGUUCACGUAGAGCUGGAUUUUGGAAUUGUUGUAGAGAAAGGAAGUUGUUUUUGAACGCUCUUGUGUAAACUGGGGCAACUCAAGGGGUCUUUUUGAUUUAGAUGGUUGAUCUACACCAAAGUUCUGUGACUGAUAAUUAGAAUUCAGUUACUAUAUAUAUUCAGAUUGAUUUGUUGCUAGAUUGCUACAUUCUUCAUACCAUGCCUGUUAUUCAGAAGUUAUAUGAUGCCUGCAAAGUGUCCUUCUCUACUAAUGGUCCGAUACCAGAAGAAGCCCUUGGAAAAGUUCGUUCUACUUUAGAUGAUUUGAAGCCUUCUAAUGUGGGUCUCGAACAGGAGGCACAAUCGUCUCGUCAAUGGAAAGUUCCCGUAAAUAGUAGUAAUGGCAAAAAAGGGCGGAAUGGCAGUCAUCAGUACCCACCUCCAAUUAAAUAUUUGCACUUGCAUGAAUGUGACAAAUUCUCUAUAGGAAUUUUCUGCAUGCCACCUGGCUCGAUCAUACCACUUCAUAAUCAUCCUGGAAUGACUGUGUUGAGCAAGCUUCUUUAUGGUUCAUUACAUGUGAGAUCAUAUGACUGGCUUGAUAUACCCGGGUUUGCUGAUCCAUCCCAAGCCAGACCUGCAAAACUUGUUAGAGAUUGUCAGAUGAGUGCACCCUGCGAUACAACAACCCUUUAUCCAAACAGUGGUGGCAAUAUUCACUGUUUCAAGGCCUUGACUCCCUGUGCUCUCUUUGACAUUCUUGCACCGCCAUACUCCUCAGAUGAUGGCCGACAUUGCUCCUAUUUCCGGAAAUCCCCUAAGAGAGAUCUACCAGAUAUUGAUCAAUUAUGUGGGAUGACAGCAUCUGAAGUGGCUUGGUUGGAAGAAAUUCAACCUCCUGAAAACUUAGUUGUGUGCAGGGGGCAGUACAGGGGCCCCAUUAUUAGACGUUGAGAGAGUUUUUGGACAAAAGGGAUGAGGAGGCAGUGAGGUGAUUGCUGGAGUGUUGGGUGUCAACCGCCGUGGCAGUAAUGCUGGAAUAUUGUUGCGUUGGCAAUAAAUACCGCCAUUCCUAUCGCGAGGCAUUUGAUUGUACAUAUCUCUUGCGAUGGGUUGGCGGUGAAUACCCCACCAUAAAUCCUGUACUCAACAUACCCAUGAUUGUUUCUUUUUUGUAAUAAGCAGCCUUGAGGUAUUUUACUUUCCACUUGGAUCUUGAACUUGAACGCCUUGGUAGCAGGUUUAGAGUGAUUUCUGCUCUUGGUACAAACAUUUUCUGGUCUCAUGGGUCGCCAUUUGGCUACAGGCUGGAAUAGAGAUACAUAGUAAUUAGCUGUUCAGAUUGCAAAUAUGCGAUUUACAUGCUUGAAUAUGUGGCCGGGCAGCCUUAAAUUUAUUAUCUUAGUUCUUCA